AUGUCCGCUUCAUUUACCCGGCCAUCGGGCCCGCCUCCCCCUCAGGCCCCCUCCAUCCCGGAUGGAUGGAAGGCCCAAUACGACGAGCGCUACAAGGCCUGGUUCUACAUCGAUCUCGCAACCGGGAAAUCACAAUGGGAAGUCCCCUCGACCACACCAGCCGCUGGCCCUAGCGAUGCUCCACCGUCAUACGACAGCGGGGGUCCCGCAAACCCAGCCAUCGCAGGCGACAAGAAAUCAAUGGCUUCGAAUAAUCCAUACAAUUCUGCCAGCACCAACGUCAACACAGCCAGUACGGCUGCUUCGCCCAACAUCGAAGAUGACGCAAAGCUAGCCGCAAAACUCCAGGCUGAAGAGGACGCUCGCGUAAGAGGCAGCGCUAGUAGCAGCAAUAGAGGCACGCCUGGUACUGCAUCGGACUACUAUGUUGGAUCUGGAUCUCCGCAGCCGGGCUAUGCGCCUGCGUCAUCGCCGCUGCCUGAGCAGCAGAAGUCGCGGAGCAAGGGCGGCUUCCUCAGUAAGUUGAUGGGCAAGGCUUCUGGAAGUUCUUCUAGCUCGCACCAUCAACAUCACCAGCCUCGGCCGCAGUAUGCUUCGCCUCCCCAGCAGCAGCAGCCGUAUCAGCAGCCGUAUCAACAGCCGUAUCAUCAGCAAUAUCAGCAGCCAUAUCAGCAACCUUAUCAGCAGUAUGCGCAGCCACCCGGACCUGGGUAUGGUUAUGCGCAGCAGCCUCACCGGAGGCAGGGCGGUGGUAUGGGAACUGCUGGUGCUGCUGCAUUAGGUGUUGGCGGUGGUCUGCUGGGUGGAAUGCUCAUUGCUGAUGCGCUUGAUGAUCAUGAUGACUACGGUGGUGGUGGUGGCGAUUUUGGCGGUGGUGAUGAUUUUGGCGGUGGUGAUUUCUAG